GGAACAUAGCAACACGAAGCUACUGGGCGUGCGGAGCGAUGGGGAUUUCCAAUGUGCAGAUGUGCAGAACAGUGGGUCGCGACCGUACUUCCACCGGUCAACACUCGGGCGGCGACGUCGGGCGAUGGGAAAUUACUGUACAGCAAUGCCGUGCGGCCGCGCGCACUGUGCUUGUUGCGCUAGUAGCAUAUAACCGCUGAAACGAACAUGAACUUAACAGUAGGGAAACAAAAACCGCCUGCUGCACUGACCUUCUAGCUCGGUCCCAAAGUUCCAUCGCUGCUCGCCGCAGCCUUCUAUGCGUGUUUACCUAUAUAUGUUACCUAUGUGACAGGCGGCCCUCUGGCACGGCGAAGUAAGCAGAAAGCCACAUGGCGGUGCAGCCUGUCCCGCUGCCAAAGCGGGCGGUUCAUAUUCACUUCCUGCGACGACUAUGUGUGGAACGUGUUCCCGGAGAGAGCAAGACAUAUGGAGAGCUCACGACCGCCGAGGUGGUUAAGCUGUUCAUCCGACCAGCUACAGCGCAGGCAAAGUCGUCAUAUCAGCAGGCAUUACUCUCGGGUCUUGUGUUGCCCAAGCACCAGCUGGCGUGGUGCACGUCAGGCACGAUACGCGACACGGAUGGCAUCGUCCAACAGGCUUUCGGGCAAGCCCGGUUCUUCGCGUCGCACGCUUGGAGUUACAAGUUUGGUGCGCUGGUCUCCAUGCUGGAGAACCACUACGCGCAGCUGCCGGGCACAAAGGGUGGCGGCCGCUUCGUGCCAGUCUAUUACUGGGUGGACAUCUUCGCGGUGACGCAGCACUUCACGGGAGACUUCAAAGACCACCCCGACAGCGACUUCGCAGGUGUGAUCCGGUCCAGCAAGGCGGUGCUGUUCACCAUGCACCCCUGGCGCAGCCCCAUCGCGCCAACUCGCGUGUGGUGCCUGUUCGAGGCGCUCACAGCUAUCCAGGCGUCGGGCGUGGACUUUGAGGUGGUGGUGGACGUCAAGGACUCAAAAGACACCCGCGUGCAGACCGUGACGGUGAUCAGCGGCAGCAUCGACGUGCGGACGGCACAGGCCACUGUUUCCUCAGACAAGACCUACAUCCUAGGCUGCAUUGAGCAGGGCAUCGGCGUGAACGCCUUCAACAACGCCAUUCGCAAGCGCUUGAAGGAGGCUCUGCUGCAGGCUGUGACGCCCAACGCGGUGGAGAUGGGCGACACGGCGGCGCUGCACGAGCUGCUCAAGGUUGGCGGGUGUGUGCGGCCGGACGGCAUCGCCGACCUGGCGUCCUGCUUCCGGUUUGCGUCGGAGGCGGACAUGCUCAACAUCAUGCGCACCAUCCAGCUGCGCGACCUGCGGCCGCGCGGCCUGGUGCUCAGCGGCAAGCAGCGCACCAAGGAGGUCACACUGUCGGACGGGGGGCUGCGCGGCUGGGACGGCGAGAGCUUCAGCCUGCGCGAGUACGGCGAGCUGGACACGGGCCGGAUGCAAUGGGCCUACCUGCCCGCGGGGCCGGCGCUGUGCCAGGCAGUGGGUGACCUGCUUGCCAUGCCCACCCACUCGGGUGCGGGGGCCACCAGCAGCAACCUACGCGGCAUCGAGGAGCUGUGGAUCAGCCUCAAGCCACCGCGACCCGACGAGUUCGCAAAGCCCAACAUCGCAGGCAUGAACGGCCACUCAGGCGUGGGCUCCGCCCCCAGCAGCCCCAAGGGCCCCCCAGGGUCUGGCGAGCGGACGGGCGCCGGCUCGACCCUGCUCGGGAGAGAGGCCAGCGGCACCAGUAGCGCGCUGCCGCUGCUGCGUGACGGCAUCAUGCGCAGCAGCGGCAGCUUCACCUCCUCCUCGCCGGCCGUGACCGCCAUCCGGCAGGAGCUCAGCCGCGCCGGCGGCUCCAGCUUCAGCGGCGGCAACUCCCGGUCGGACGUCAGCCGCAGCGUCGGCAGCUUCCCGGGCGUUCCCUCGGGUGGAGGCAGCCCAGGUAACACCCUGGGGGGUAGCGCGAGUGGCACGUUGGGUGGUGGCAGCGGGCCGGUGCUGCGGCGCAACCCCAGCUUCAGCUCGCCUGGCAACGGGUUGCGGCCCGAGCUGAGCCGCGCCGGCGGCUCCAGCUUCAGCUCCUCAGGGGCGCUGGCCCCGGAGCGCAGCAGCGGCCUGGUGGGCGAGCGCAGUGGCCUCAUGUCGGAGCGCAGCGGUGCCAGCUUCAGCAGCGCCACGGCGGCGCGGGCGGCGCAGCGCGCGGCGGCGUCCCCAAUCAAGCGGCGGCCCACGUUUGGGAGCAUCACCGGCAGCGCGACCUUCGCGGCAGGCCGCCCGUCUAGCGCUAUGCACAGUUGCCUGGACUCACCCUCCGCCGCAAACAGAGCGGCGGCAACGGUGACGGCGAUGGCGGCUGCCGGGCGCGGCGCGCCUGGGAGCCCGAUGAUGCCGGCCCCGCCGUCCGGGCCGGCGCCGCCGCCGGGCAGCCGGCCGGGCUCGGCGCGGCCCGUCAGCGGUCGGACAGCGUCGCUGUCAAGCGCACCAUCAUCGCCGGGCGGCGCGGCCGUGGGUGCCUCACAGCAGCAGCACAUGUUACUUGCGCGACCUGGGUUGUUGGGGCCGGAGGGCAGCUCGGCGUCACUAGCGAUGGCGCCAGCGUCACCCACCAUCCAGCAGCAGCCGCAGAAGCUGGAGCCACUGCCGCCGGGGCGGCCGGCGCUGUGGGCUGCAGUGAGCAUUGGGCGCACGCUGCGGCACCUGUGCGUGCACCAGUCAGUGCUGGCGCCGCCGGACGUGGCGCUGCUCGCCAACGCGCUGCAGAACAACAAGAUCCUGGAGAUCCUGCAGUUCGUCAAGUGCACGGCCCCCGGCGCCGAGUCCUCGGGUGCGCACUCCACCGCCCGCCUGACGGGGGAGCUGCUGGCGCUGGGGCUGUCGGCCAGCAACCUGCGGCAGCUGCACGUGCGGCCCGCAGACCCGCUGUACCUUGACAACCUACCGCCCAUCUCGACGCCGGUCAACUCGCACAUGCGGCGUGUGUCGCUCACACCGGUGCUGCUGGGCCCGGCCGCCAUCCGGCAGCUGGCUCGUGCCCUGGCGCAGCCGCCGCAGCUGCAUAGCAUUACCGUGGGCCUGGACCCCGCGCCCUACACGACAUUCAUGCCCAAGGAGCUGUGUGACCGGGAGCACUGGCUGGCGCACGAGGACAAGAACGAGCCCGAUAUGGCGCUCAAGCGGAGGCGCAUCAUGGGGCUGGACGAGGACGGGCAGGCGGCGUACGUGGCGCACGCCUGGGACCUGAAGGAGGAGCUGACGUCGCUGCCCGACUCAGAGCGCGGGGUGGCCGCCGCCGCGCAGCGGGCCGCCGGCAUCACCUUCUGCCUGUGCGUGGCGGCGGGCUGGGCCGAUGUGCCUGCCUACAACCGCCGCUAUGCGCGAUGGUCAUGGCAGCGCCGGGUGCCGACGGAGGAAAGCCUGGCCGACAUGAAGAAGUAUCUGGGGCCGUUGAAGGAGCUGGCGGCGGAGGCACUCAAGGCGGCGCCCGACACCUUCACUAACAAGUUUGACGUUUCAAAGAAAGAGCAGCGCGCCGCCAAGUCGCGGCUGCAGGCGGCGUAUUUCGAGACGUUUGCCUAAGCAGCUCGUGAUCAUCUGGUGCUAGCGCACAGAACCUAUCGUGGAGCUAUCAAGCGUGUGGUGUUUGCAUCGAGCGCAUGCGGUGCACUGGUAGACAGGGCAGCAACGGGUACACAAGCGAUUAGACAGACUAGCAUGUGACGCUGUGCAUCACUGCAUGUUGGCACUGUUACGGCGUGAGCUAGAGGCACGGGGAUGCGCACCAGUGGAGUCGUUAGAAGGCGGGAGACUGGAUAUACGGUAGCUGCUAUACGGGCAACGAUCUAUGCAGGAAUGCAUGCCCAUGAUUCCAUAGGCAUGUAUUCUAAGGGUUUGUUAUGCGGCGUAGCAAGGCGCCGCCAGAUGUGUGCCCCCAGCUGACGUAGCUGGAUUUUGCCGUGUGCUGACAAUGUCUCUGUCUCAAAUGUGCAUGCCCGUGUGCAAGUGAUCUUGGGAAAGGCCCUGUGCUCAAAGACUGUGAUGGGUGCAUACCUGCAUACGUGUGUACCUGUGUGUCUUUGUGUGUGUAUAUACCGUAUGUGUACAUAUGUUUGUGUAUGUCGAAAUGGGGAAGUUGCCCCGGGUCCUGGAAAAGGACUCGGGUGGCGCCAUGCGGGGCUUGGCUUGGACGAGCGCACGGACUCAUGAAUGCGUCCCUAAUAAGCUGGCUUGAUCCGGGUGCGUGACAAGUACAGACAUACAUUGGCCUACACGCGUGGCUCGCCAUGGCUGUGGUGGGAUGCAUGUGCCUGCAUCCGUGUGUAUAAUGAUGAGAAAUGAGGGAGGAGUGGGGCACUGGAGGUGGUCAGUUCCCAGGUUGCAUAUAAAGCUCCGAACAU